AUGCCUGCUCCCUUUGCGCACGGCGGAAGUCGGUAUGCCCGCACUUGGGUUACUACGGGACCAAACGGUCAAGUAAAGGAGCAUGAAUCUGCAAGUCCAGUCUGGACGCUGCCUACGAUCAGCCAUGAUAGACCAUGGACCCAGGCUCAAGAAGAGAUACCUACGGAGAUGGAACGUUUGCCUCGCAACGAUGACGGAAUCAAACAUCCUGGCCUGUCAAUGAGUGACUUACUAUCAAGCAAUCAACCCGGGAUAUCACAAGUGCACCCGGAACCAAGGCAGAUCUAUCGCUCCUGGCAGGUAUUUGUCGAGUCGGUCAACCCCCUCUUGAAGAUAAUUCACGUGCCAACGUUACAACAACGAGUCCUGGACGCCAGCUGGAACCCAGACUCGGAGCUGACGUCCACACCGACCGGGGCCGCCAUCCGGAUCGGUCAGAAGAUUGGCCUACAUCUACAUAAAGCAGCCCCCAAGAUCUCGGCAUUUGACGGAGAAAUGCGCGUCCGCCUUUGGUGGCAGUUAUACGGUAUAGACGCCCGAACCCGUGCCGCUGGUCGAAGCUCCCAGCCGUCCGCAGGCGAGUUCGGCAACGUCUGCCUCCCGCUCAACGUCAACGAUGCCGACCUGCACCCCGAAAUGACCGAGCUGCCCACCGAGCACACAGGGCCGACCGAAAUGACUUGCGUCCUGGUCAAGUUUGAGGUGACCAAUUGGGUUCGCUCAUCCGCCAGGGCAUUCGUAAUCCUCGACUUAUGUUCUCAAGGGACAGCGAGGGGGACGAAGCAGACGGGGCUGGAAGAGAAAGCCAUCGACGAGCUGGAGGCCAGGUACCACGACAAGUUCCUUCGCUAUCUCGACCACAAUGUCCCUCUCCACGCCUUAAUCGACCUUCGACGGCGGUGUUCGGGGGCGCGUGUGGCUUUGGCCUGGAGGCUAGUCGAAAAGCUGUACGGAGAGCACCCUGAGAUGAUUCGGGAUAUUAGUCAAAACCCGUUCUUUGCAGCCCUGGGCGAUUUAACCCUUGAGGCUUGGGAGGCUGGUAGGAAGGAGCUGGUCGACUCUCAAGAAACUCGCGCCGCUGGUGCCUCGCCCGCGUUUAUCCAAUCUAUAUGGGACCAGAGGCGCAACCAAGCUGUGCAGGUAUCCCAACUAUUAUCAGCCCCAGAGUUGCAGAAUCUUGACGCGGUUGGUUUGAAGGACAACGGAGACCUGGGCUGGGAAUAUUGGAAUGAUUUUCUGCGGCUUUAA